AUGAACGAUACUCAUAAUUAUCUUCCAUUUUGUCGUUCAUCGUUUUCUAAUAGUAUCAUAUCAGAGGAUCAUGGUGAAUACGAUCAUCAUUACUGGUCUCCUAUUUCAUCACUUACGAAAUCAUGUGUGAUAUGUAGACGAAAAAGUUUAUCACGAACAUUAAUUAUUCGAAGAGAAUCACACACCUCAAAUGAUAAUACACCAAUGCAAAAUAUAAAUUUAAAAGUUGUUAAAUCUUAUCAUAGCCUGAUAUGUCUAUGGUGUUCAGAAGAGUGUCAUCGACGAUGUUGGAAAAAUGUCAACGCCAAUGAUGAUGAUGAUAAUAAAUGUUAUUAUGGAAAGAAUAUUAUUGUUCGUCCACAGUGGUUACAUCGCGUUGAAAACUCUUCAGUAGGUUUCCAAGCACGAUUUCCAGAUAACAUUGAUGCGAGUAAUUCAUCGUUGACACCUCUAAUUGUCUUUAUAAACAAACUUUCGGGUGGUCAAAAAGGCGAGAUUAUCUAUAAUAAACUUAUACGUUUAUUAAAUCCACGUCAAGUUUUUCUCCUCGAAAACGAUGCAACUAUAAUGCAAGCUUUGGAUAUAUAUUCAUCUCUUCAUAAUACUCGUAUUUUGGUUUGUGGUGGUGAUGGAACAGUUGGAUGGAUAUUGAGCACUUUAGCAAGAAGAUUUUCAUCACUUGAUAAUCCUCCAGUAGGUAUCUGUCCUAUAGGUACAGGUAACGAUUUAUCACGUGUGUUGAACUGGAGUUGGACUUACAGUACGAAACGAUUAUUAACCACGCUUUUACAAAUUUCUAAUGCUAAACCUAUUGCACUCGAUCGUUGGCAAGUUGAUUUUGAAUCAUUAACGAGCAUUAAUCCUAUUGAAGAGACUGGAAUUAUUCGUCGAUGUUUACCACAUUUUCUCGAUCAUCCAAGGUUUGUUCGUGAAACCAAUCUACUAUCUUAUCAAAAUUAUCAAAAACCUCUCAAUGUUCGAUUUACUAAUUAUAUUUGUUUUGGAUUAGAUCCAGCUGUAGUAUUGGAUUUUCAUGAUAAACGAAUGCGUGAUCCAUCGAAAUUUACAUCACCAAUGAAAAAUAAACUUAUUUAUCUCAAUAUUGGUAGACAAUAUUUUAGAGAAUUUGCUUUAUGGAGAGCAUGGAAUUUAAGAUCAUAUAUGAGAAUUGUUUGUGAUGGUCAAGAUAGAACAAAUUCAUUACGUCAUUGUCAUAGUCUUAUUCUAUUAAAUAUUCCAAGUUAUGGAUCAGGUACUCAUCCUUGGAGUAGAACGUAUCAAAAGAAUAUAUCGAUACAAAACAAAACCAAGAAAUUCAAUCAGAUCAAUUCGAAUACAUUUCAAGAUAUAGAUCCACCUGAUUAUAGCUAUGACAGAUGUAAAUUUGCAAGAGAAAAUAUAUCCAAUACUAUUGAAUCAUCUGCAGCAUCUCUUACUAAUGAUCAGAUCGGAAGACAAAGUAUUGAUGAUCACAUACUUGAAGUUGUUGGAUUAGACUCAAUACAGAUGGCAUUAAUUCAUAUUGGUUUUCUAGGUCAUCGUAUUGCUCAAUGCAGUCAAGUACGAAUUGAACUCCUUCAUUCAAUGCCUGUACAUAUGGACGGAGAUCCAUUCUAUCUUCCUCAAAACACCGCAAUCAAUGUUACUCAUGCAGGACAAGUUUUAGUUUUGUCAAAUAACAAUAAAUAG